UAUUUAGGUAUAUCAUUUUUAAUACUUCCUGCGGCAUUUUGGAUUAAGUAAUGAAGUUAUCACAAAAUAUCCUACGUUUAGGAACAGUGACACCCCAAAACCAGUACAUACAUGAUCACCUCUGAAUAUUCGCAAACCUGUAACGGAGUACAUUUGUCCGUAUCAAUAUUUUACUGACACUUUCAAUACAGUGUACGGGCACUAUAAAAGACCAACCACCGCUGUCCAAAGCAUUCAGUAGCUAUCGCGCAGUCUGAACAAGAAGUGCACGAUGAGAUUUCUGUUCGCUUUCGUCGCCGUCCUCGGCUAUGCCUCCGCUGGACUCAUCUCCCCCCUCGUCCUGGGAGUGAACCCCGGUGACGCUCAGGCUGCCGCCAUCGACGCUACCGUGGUCGCCACCGACACAGCCCGCGCCAUCGGCGAGGGUCAAGCGCGUGCCGCCGAAGCCGCCAUCCAAUACAACACCGAAGCCGUCCGUCAGGCGUCCGAAACCGCUCGUGACAUUAACGAGAACGCAUAUUGGGGUGGAGUAGCAGCUAGCCAGAACCUUGUCGCUGCCGCCCAGUCCCAGGCUGCAGCGCUCAGCGGAGCCGCCGCAGCCGCCAGAGCCGCCCAUGUUGCAGCUCCUCUAGCUGUCGCCCCUUAUGCUGCCGCCCCCUACGCUGCUGCCCCUCUUGGCGUCGCACCCCUCGGUGUAGCCCCCUACGGCCUCGGCGUUGCCGGACUCGGCGUUCACGGACUCGGCCUCCGCGCUUGGUAAAUCAAUAACCGACUAUAACUGCUAUUUCGAAUAACUGUUAUUUUUAUGAAUGUUAUUUGAAAUAACAGUUAUUUAAAUAGGGAUGUUCGGUGGCGUUGACAAAAACGCUACCGUGUGCCUGUUGUCUCUGGCAACAUUAUGGGUAACCAGCGAUGUUGCCAGUCGACAAUCGGCGCGUAGUGUUGCCACUCACCUCAAAUAGCAUUACAUAACGGAAGGGAAAUUGCUCAAUGAACACAAAGGUCUCAAUAAGUAACUCUCUUUGUAAAUAAAUCUCAUGCCAUCACUGCCAAAGUGUAAAUAAACACAUUCUUAUAAAGUGAA